GUUUGCGCAACCGACCGCCUGCUGCGCUGUACUCUUCCGUCCUAUAUUCCCGCGGGGGACGAUCUUCAGGGUCCCACUCGAUUGUACUUCAGCGGAACUCCUCCCUGUCUCGCGCAGCCUGCCAGCCACCGGCCCGCCACCGCGGUCUCGCCGGCUGGCUACCGUCCAUCCGCCAAGUGGUGAAGAAAGUUAAUAGCUUUCUGCCAAUAGAUAGGUAGCUUGCCCAUGGCGACUGAAGAAGUAUCUCAAGAUCAAAGAAAACGCACGCUGGAGGAGGCACUGGAAUGGCGGUUCGCAAUGGCGAGAGCUGAGGCUAUGCAGCAGCAAGAGAGAAGGAGUAAUAACCGCAAGUUUGAUAGAGGAAGUGGAAGAGAAGUUGAUGGUAGGACUGGCAUCACUAGCACUGUGUCCUCCUCCACUACCUCACUGAAUAAAGAUGCAGAGGCUAGUGAUCCAACUUACUCACUGCUAUCUCAAGCCAUGCACAAGAAUCUGUUAGUGCAGAAUUUGGUGAUUUCUAGCAGAAGAGGAACUGGAGUUGACAAGGUGUUGCAUGAACUUCUCCAGAAGGGCGAUUCAGCUCAGAAAUACAUGCAGGGUUCUAGAACUAUGAGAAUGGAUGAUGUGAUCCUUCUUGAUAAUUAUGUACCAAAACGUAGCACAUUGGCUGGUGCUCGCCUCAGGGCUUUGCGGAGCCACUCAAAACCGUCUAAAACUCGAACGUCUACAAAGCAGCAUAAGAAAUGUGGAGAUUUGCCUCAAGAUCUCAAAUUUGACUUCUUUAAGCCGAUGCAUGAAAUGUGGAAAGGCUACAUAGCGGAACUUUUUAAAGCCAGUGGAAAUCAACUGGCUCAGUGCCUCCUCAGUGCGGAAAUUUAUAUGGGGCUAUUUUGCAAGUUGCUGAGUGUAAAGUGACUUCACUUUCUGGUGCAAGUGGUAUUAUGAUACGUGAAACUGCAGAAACAUUUGGAUUGAUCACAAAAGAUGAUAAAUUUCGGGUUGUACCCAAGAGAGGUUCUGUUCUUCUGUUCCAAGUUGAUUGCUGGAAGAUGACAUUAUGUGGAGACAAACUUCUUGCAAGAGCUUAGGACUUUGUUACCAGGAUAAUUUUCAGGUGCUCAGGGAGUGGGAGUACGUUCUGUUCUUUCCCCUGCUAUGUCAAGCUUACUCAUUUCCUCCGCCAUCAUGUGAGUGGAGGAACUCUUUAGUUGGAGUGUAACCAUUUCUUGCUGUAUUCAUCGUAAGAGAGUGUUGAAUACAACAGCAUGGUUAUAUUCGCAAUGGGUGGAUGGUAUACUGAACUCCAGAAUCUCAGAUUUUUUGCGAAAAUUUUAGUAUCUCUUGCAUUACUCGGCCAUGAACAUCUCCCUUACUUGGAGGUGUUUCUUUUGGACAGGGUGGCGACUUUAGAGAAAGCGGAAGGUGAUGAGAAGUAGGAUGAGCCGAAGGAAAGUGAUGCCCACUCCUUGUAGGCGACAAUACAUACAGGCCAUAGCUAGUGGGGAGGACAAGUUUGCAAUUCAUUUGUCUUGCUUUUCGUUUCUAUACACAAUUACAGAUAAGGAUUGGGCAAAUUAGGUCCGUCCUCUCUUGCCGCGAGCGACUUCUCGGAAGCGCGUGGACGCUGCCAUAUUCAACAUACACAUU